CGACAGCCGACGCAGCAGCCCCACGACGUGCGCCGUCGCCGUCUCCGGUCAGCCCAACCAGGCCGCCUCAGCGUCAACAAGCCCCGCUGGCAUAACGUCAACAGCCGCAAGACACCUCCAUCGUCUUCUGUAACUUGUAACAAGACACAUCUUUCGAUACAAAAAUGGCCCCUAAGCAGCGAAUGAGGAUCGCCAACGAGAAGGCUUCCAAGAAUGUGGCUCUUCGCGGCAACGUACCAAAAUCAUCGAAACCUCAAGAUGACAAAUAUCCUGUCGGCCCCUGGCUCCUUGCUCUCUUUAUUUUUGUUGUCUGUGGCUCAGCCAUCUUCCAAAUAAUUCAGAGCAUCAGAGCAGCAUCUGCCAUUUAAUUUUUAUGUUACCAUCUUGAUUAUUAUUUUCAAUCUAAAUGAAUUGUUUUAUUGACUGAUGCAUAUUUAUAUGCCACAAUGUGGCAAACUUGUACAUACAGACUCAUGAUAAUGUACAGCAAGGGUAUGGAGAUUUAAAUUAUAUUCCUGAAAUGACCAUUCCAAUCAAGCUAUAGAAAUUAAAUUAUUCCAAGCACUAUCUGUAUUUGAUGAAUGGGCUUUAAAAAUAAAACUGAUGAUUUUGGUGUAA